GUAAAGUGUAAACCUAUAGUCAAAAAUAAAAUCUUCAAAUUAUUUGACGUAAUCCAAACCAAUGGAAACUAUCUCUUCACAACCUAACUCUAACUCCGAAUACUUGGACGAUGAUGGCCGUCCUAGAAGAACAGGAACCAUUUGGACAACAAGCUCUCAUAUAAUAACAGCUGUGAUUGGAUCUGGAGUACUGUCUUUAGCAUGGGCUAUAGCACAAUUGGGUUGGAUUGCUGGUCCUACUGUCAUGAUACUUUUCAGCUUCAUCACUCUGUAUACUUCAUCAAUGUUAACUGAAUGUUAUCGUUAUGGUGAUCCUCUUUUUGGGAAAAGAAACUAUACUUACGUUGAUGCAGUUCAAAACAUUCUUGGCAGGUACCAUUACACAGUUUGUGGAUUAGUUCAGUACAUAUGUCUUUGCUGCAGUGCAACAGGAUACACAAUUGGAGCUGCCAUUAGCAUGAUGGAAAUAAGAAAGACUAGAUGCCUUCAUAAAUCAGGAGGAAAAGAUCCAUGUCUGUUUUCAAGCAAUCCAUACAUGAUCGGUUUUGGAGUAAUUCAAAUUUUCACUUCUCAAAUUCCAGAGUUUCAUGAAACAUGGUUGCUCUCGGUAGUAGCAGCAAUCAUGUCUUUCGCCUAUUCCAUAAUCGGCUGCUUUCUCGCAAUCUACCAAGUUGCAGUAAACGGUACAUUCAAGGGUACUAUAAUCGGAGGAAGCAGUGGAAAUGUGUCAACAACAGAUAAAGUAUGGGGAAUUUUCCAAGCUCUUGGUAACAUAGCCUUUGCUUACUCGUACUCUCAAAUUCUCAUUGAAAUUCAGGACACCAUAAAAAAUCCACCGUCCGAAGUGAAAACAAUGAAGAAGGCGACAAACUUGAGUAUUUUUGUGACUACAGCUUUUUACAUGCUUUGUGGUUGCAUGGGCUAUGCUGCAUUUGGAGAACAAGCACCAGGGAACUUGCUCACUGGAUUCAGUUUGUAUAAUCCAUCUUGGGUCAUUGAUUUAGCGAAUGCCACGAUCGUAAUUCAUCUUGUUGGAACAUACCAAAUAUAUGCUCAACCUGUGUAUGCCUUUGUGGAGAAAUGGGCGGCGAAAAGAUGGCCUAAAACAAAAGUGAAUUUCAGAGUUUUUCGAGGUUACAAUCUAAACCUAUUUAGAUUAGUUUGGAGAACAUUGUUUGUGAUCAUAGCGACUUUUGUUGCAAUGUUGAUUCCUUUUUUCAAUGAUGUUCUGGGAUUUAUUGGAGCUAUAGGGUUUUGGCCGUUAACGGUUUAUUAUCCGGUGGAGAUGUAUAUCUUGCAGAAGAAGAUUCCAAAAUGGAGUAGGAAAUGGAUUUGGUUGGAAAUCAUAAAUCUUGUAUGUCUUAUUGUAUCGGUAUUGGCUGCACUUGGCUCAACUGCUAGCAUUGUGGUUGACCUAAAGAAAUACAGGCCAUUCGUCACAGAUUAUUGAACAUCAAGCAACAUCUACUACAACCUCUUUGGCUUGCACACGAGAAAUGUUAAUAAAGACAUUUAUCUUUUAUUUUGUAUUGAGAUUUGUAAAAAAAAAUUAUUAGAAAUGCUAUUUCAACACAUGAUUUUGACACAAUAGAGGGAGUAAUUUCAAAUUUUCAACUUUAUUUUAAGGCAGUUUUGCAGCCAUCCUUUGCAUGUCACAUGUGUGGUCUUGGAUUCAAGACUUGAAUUCUUGAGCUACAAUGAGUUAGGUUGAGUGCUUAGACUUUAAAGGAAAAUUGAGAAGUUGAAAGUCAGGUUGUAAUGUUCUAACUUAAUGAAAGAGUUGGGCAAGUAGAAAAUUGAAAAAGUUGAAGGUCAAGUUGGUUGUUAAGAGGAAGAAAUGGA